AUGCCGCCGGGCAAGCAGGAAGUCCAACUAGGAGAUUCUUGGGUAGUCGAGGGCGAAGACGAAAACGAGGAUCCAUCGUAUUCACCUCAAGACGAUGAAUACAAGCCGCCACCGCCGCGAAGAUCAUCCAGGCGAGGAACUACAUCGCCGGAGUCCGAACUGGUCAUCCCGUCGGUGGACUUCAACUCGAUGGAUGGGUCCUGGGCAGAUACGAAAAGCAGAAGUACGACGAGGGCGAGGGCGAAGCAGUCCGCAGAAAGAGUCUUGGGAACAAGAAGAAGGAACGAGCGUGUGGGUAACGGAAGUCUCGUGAAGCGACCAGCAGCAAAGACUGCCACGAAAGAACAUCCGCCCACGACCCUCAUAGACAGAAGCAGCAGCAGCAACAACAACAUAAACAGUACCAAUCUACAGGAUAUUGUUGAUGUUGGCGCUGAACACCUUACCGCAGUCAUGUCAUGGCUCUUGGAUGUCUUCACCGGCGCUCUAAAAGUCCUCAAGAAACCCCUCUCAUAUUUCCUCGCCAUAUGGCUACUCUUUGGGAUCCUCAUCACUGUACGAAAUCUGGUUACGAACUCCAUCUAUGCGUCCAUGUCACCUCUUUGCAGAAUACCUGGAUCUUCUUUCCUGAACCUCCCGUUCUGCCCGGUCCACCUGACCGACAGCAGUCACGGAGCGACACCAGAGUUCAAUGACUUAAUGUCAGUCCAGGCCAAGUUCGAGGAGGUCCUAGAAGAGAGCGCUGGUGGAGUCUCCUUACCGCUAGACAUGAAGCGAGGCGAGGCAUCUAUCCGAGACCUACGUCAACUGGUCCGCUAUAGCCAGCUCCAAUCCAAAAAUGAACUCGUUCUAGAAUUCGAUGGCUUCAUUGAAACCUCUCGCAUUGCAUCGUACGACCUUCAAAAAUUCAACAGCCACGUGGGCCGAGCUGUCGACGGCGUUAUCGCGACGACUCGAUGGACGACAAGAGUCCUUGACGGGAUCCAAGAGCGAGAUGGCUCAAGAGGCUCAAUCAGCGCCUUCGUCAACGAGAAACUGCUUGCUCCCUUUCAGCCCGUCAAAUUUACUGAAAGGAUUUUGCUGGAUCAAUAUGUCCAACACACCCGCAUCGUAGAAGAGGAAAUUAACAACCUCAUCGCCGAGGCCCAGGCCGUCCUCAUGGUUCUCACAAAUCUCGAAGACCGUUUAGACGUGAUCCAUGGCAUCGCUAUCAGAGACAACGUGCACACUAAAGCCCUCAAAGAAGAGAUUCUCUCGGAGCUGUGGACCAUGGUCGGUGGUAAUCGCGGCAAAAUCAAUAAAAUGGACCGCAAACUUGACUUGCUGAAGCAGGUCGGAAUUUACCGCAAGACGGCCUAUGCCCACGUCUCAGGGACGAUUAUUAGACUGCAGGCCAUGGGCGCUGGGCUAGAAGACUUGCGCGAGAGAGUAGGGAGCCCGGAGUUAUUGAGAGAUAGGAUAGAUAUUCCGCUGGAGGUGCAUCUUGAGAGUAUCAUGAAGGGAGUUGAGAGACUGGAGGAGAGCCGGUUGAAGGCGAGGAAAUUAGAGGAUAAGCAUAUUAGGCGGACCUUGGAGAGGGGAAGACUCGAGGGUACGAUGAUCGAUGGUUGA